AUGGAGCUGAAUAAAUAUCAAAAUGACAGUACCUCCCAAAGCAGCUUCCUUUCGAAGUUAAAUAUACAGGGCAAGAACCACAUCUUAUCAGACAUUCACGAGGAUUUUUUAAUAGCAUUUCUAUACAUCGCUCUCUUCAUAUAUACGUGUUAUAUUUUCCUCUCCCUGACUUUUUACCUGUCCACUAAAAAGAAAAGAAAGCACAUGUACGAAUCCAUGGGAGAGGUGCACUUCGACCAAAAGUUGAUAAAAAAAUCAGAGGACCUAAAAAGCUAUGCGUGGAUUAAUUGA